UCACAGUAAAUACUACAAUUUACAAGAGUGCAUGCCUGGUCUGAAGGUUAAUAGUAGUUCUGGUGGCAUUUUUGUUCUUUUAACUUGUAGAAAUUGACCAGGCAGCAUUGGUCAAAUGGCAACCAGGUUUGAAGUAAUAGGUUUUUACUGGGUAGUAUGAGAGACCCAAGCAAAGAGAGCAAACUUUGAAUUUGAAAAUUAUGAAGAGGGAAUGGGUCAGCCAAUUGGGCUAAGUCAAGCCAGUUGCCAGUCAAUAUUUUCCACAUCUGACCCCUUCUUAUCAGUUAUAUUUCGUUGGUAUAAAUAAGACUCCACAUGCCUAUCUACCUCCAUUCUCAACCUCUCAUCCUCCAAAGAAAAACAAAAUAACCAAAGAGACCACCUCAAUCAAAUGGCUUCCCUACAAGCUUCAUCCCUCGUACUCUCGUCUUCUUCAAACAAAAUCCGUGCUGCUGUUCCUGUGCCAAAACUUCCAAGAGUCCCUAUGUCAGUUCCAAAAUUGCCAAAAAGAUCUGUGGUUGAGGAAUUGAACAUAAGGGCUGGGUUUACAAAAACAGUCCCAAUUGAUGUUGAAUCAUACAACUCCACUAGUAUUGCAAAUACCCAACUCUAUGCUCUUUUAGAAGCUGUAGCUGAUAGGGUAGAGAUGCACAAUAACAUUGGAAAGCAACGUGACAAUUGGAACACCCUUCUUUUGAACUCCAUCAACAUGAUAACUCUUACUGCUGCAACCUUAACUGGUGUUGGAGCAAUUGGAGGCGCUGGAAUGCCUCUACUGGCUUUGAAAUUAUCGUCCGCGCUAUUGUACUCUGCAGCCACAGGAUUGUUGCUUAUAAUGAACAAAAUUCAGCCCUCACAACUCGCUGAGGAACAACGUAAUGCUACAAGAUUGUUCAAGCAACUCCAAAGCCAAAUCGAAACUAUCCUCACUCUUGGCACUACAACUCAAGAGGAUGUGAAAAUUGUGAUGGAAAAGGUCUUGGCUCUUGAUAAAGCCUUCCCACUUCCCUUGCUAGGAGCAAUGCUCGAAAAGUUUCCUUCAAAGUUUGAACCUGCUGUCUGGUGGCCGUCAAAACAAUCACAGAACAAAACCAAAGCACAAGAAGGUAAAUUUCUUAAGAUGGCGAAGAAUGGUUGGAGUGAGGAGCUGGAAGUUGAAAUGAGAGAUAUUAUUGAAGUGGUGAAGAGAAAAGACAUUAAAGACUAUGCAAGGCUAUGCAACUUGGUGUUGAAGAUCAACAAGAUUUUGGCUAUCUCAGGCCCAUUACUCACUGGCAUUGCUGCCAUCGGUUCCACUUUUGUGGGUAAUGGAUCAUGGGCAGCGAUAAUAGCGGUGGCUGCUGGGGCAUUAGGAAGUGCUGUUAAUGCUUUUGAGCAUGGUGCACAAGUUGGAAUGGUGUUUGAGAUGUAUAGAAACAACGCUGGCUUCUUUCGCCUAUUGGAAGAAUCAAUUGAAGGCACACUUGAAGAAAAAGAUUUGGAAAAAAGAGAGAAUGGGGAAUUGUUUGAGAUGAAGGUGGCUUUGAAGUUUGGGAGAAGCUUGUCACAGCUAAAAGAACUUGCACAAAAAUCUGCUUAUUCCCGAAGAGAGGGAACUUCAAUUGAUGAAUUUGCAAGCAAGCUUUUCUAAUUUUAGUUCUGCAAAUAGUUUUUCUUUGACUGUUUGAUUCUUCUGACAAACAAAAUUUUUGUAUGACUAUGUAACAUUG